AUGUAUAGUCGCUUCUCACCCGUAGGAGAUAGGAAAGAUAUAGAGAGAGAAAGUAGUGAGAGAAACAAACCCAAAUAUCUCUGGUCUCUCUCUCUCUUUUUCUUCCUUGAUAUAUAUAGUUUCACACUAGUUACGCACACAAGAUAUUGAGGAAAAUGAGCUUGAUUUCCAUUCCAAUAUUAUCGUAGAAUUUCAGAUCUAGAAAAUUCCCUGCGGUUCCACGAAUAAUUUUGCUGCAUUUUCUCUGAAGGAUCACUCUGUCAACGUUCUUUCUUUAUUGUUCUUGAUAUUGCAUCUGUCUAAUCGAGAAACGUGUAAUCGGAUUUAGUUUUUUUCCGUGGUUCUUGAUUCAACUUCACGGCGGGAAGUGUUGGUGCGUCUAUUAGAGUUUGGUUAUGGUUGAAGUUGAACUGAAGAUGAACUAGUGCGUGUAUAGGCCGGUGUUCCGAAAUGGAUGAUAGAGGAAGCGGCGGCGGAUCAUUUGUGGCAGUUAGAAGGAUUUCGCAAGGGCUUGAUAGGAGUAACACUUUUCAAACAAGUUCAGGAGUUAAUUUGUAGAAGUUUGGAUCUGUCUCGAUUGAAUUUUAGAUGAUUACUUGCAUUGAUUUUUGUGCUGAGGUUGCAGCAGGGUCAGCAGCAUGGCUUGGUAGAGGCCUUUCAUGUGUUUGUGCUCAAAGAAGAGAAGAUGAUUCUCGCCAGUCUUUUGAUUUGACCCCUGCCCAGGAGGAUUGCUUAAUGAGGCUGCAAAACAGAUUAGACAUUGCCUAUGAUAGUUCAAUUCCAGAACAUCAGGAAGCAUUGAGGGCAUUAUGGGAAGCUGCAUUUCCUGAAGAAGAGCUCCAUGGUCUAAUUUCUGAGCAGUGGAAGGAAAUGGGCUGGCAAGGAAAAGAUCCUUCCACUGAUUUUCGGGGCGGUGGGUUUAUAUCAUUGGAGAACUUAUUGUAUUUUGCACGAAGUUUCCCGAAAUCAUUUCAAGAUCUUCUUAGAAAGCAGGAAGGUGAUCGAUCCAUGUGGGAAUAUCCUUUUGCUGUAGCUGGUGUCAAUAUCACAUUCAUGCUUAUUCAAAUGCUGGAUCUUGAAGCAGUAAAACCAAGGACCUUAGUUGGAGCUACCUUCUUGAAGUUUCUUUCAGAUAAUGAGUUGGCAUUUGACCUCCUGUAUUGCAUUGCAUUCAAGUUAAUGGAUCAUCAGUGGCUUGCCAUGCGGGCGUCUUACAUGGACUUCAAUGCUGUGAUGAAAUCAACACGACAUCAACUGGAAACAGAACUGUUGGAAAAAUAUAUAACAAGGCUUGAAGAGUUGCCAUCUUACAUGCUGCUUACUCGAUAACUACUAACUAACUAAUGGUUAGUUUGUUUGAUUCAAGGAUAUUAUUAGUUGCAAGGUAUGAGCAUUAAUUCUCAUAAAAGUAGAGAGUUUUUACUAUAAUCCAUGUAUUGUUUAGCAUAAUAUCAUGUUUGCUUUGGUGCAUGACAAAUAGGUUGAUUUUUGGUUUUACUAAUGUUGUGAAGGUGUGACAAGAUCUCUAUGAAUAAUCACAAUCUACUUAAUCAAUGUGUUAGAUGUUGUAUUGUUUUAA